CCGCCCUCCGCUGUCCCGCAAUGGAGGCGAGUAAGAAGGUGGAGUCCCCGGGCCCGCUGCAGACCAACGCCCCGCUGAAGCUGCACCCCGACCGUGGCGCCGGCGCGGCGGUGCUGGUCCCUGAGCUCGGCGGCUACAAGGAGAGGUUCGUGAAGGCCGUGGAGGACAAGUACAAGUGCGAGAAGUGCCACCUGGUGCUGUGCAACCCCAAGCAGACCGAGUGCGGACACCGCUUCUGCGACAGCUGCAUGGCCGUCCUGCUCAGCGCCGCCAGCCCGAAGUGCACCGCCUGCCAGGAAGUCAUCGUGAAAGACAAGGUGUUCCGAGACAACUGCUGCAGGAGGGAGAUUCUGGCCCUUCAGAUCCACUGCCGCAACGAGGGCCGCGGCUGCGCAGAGCAGCUGACGCUGGGACAGCUGCUGGUGCACUUGAAGAAUGACUGCCAGUUUGAGGAGCUGGCGUGUGUCCGCGCCGACUGCAAAGAGAAGGUCCUGAGGAAAGACCUGCGGGACCACGUGGGCCGAACCUGCGAGUACCGCGAGGCCACGUGCACCCACUGCAAGAGCCAGGUCCCCCGGAUCAAGCUGCAGAAGCACGAGGACACAGAGUGCCCCUGCGUGGUGGUGUCCUGCCCACACAAGUGCAGCGUGCAAGCCCUGCUGCGGAGCGAGUUGAGUGCGCACUUGUCAGAGUGUGUCAAUGCCCCCAGCACCUGUAGUUUUAAGCGCUAUGGCUGCGUCUUCCAGGGGACGAACCAGCAGAUCAAGGCCCACGAGGCCAGCUCGGCCGUGCAGCACGUCAACCUGCUCAAGGAGUGGAGCAACUCCCUGGAGAAGAAGGUCUCCUUGCUGCAGAACGAAAGUGUAGAGAAAAACAAGAGCAUUCAAAGUCUGCACAAUCAGAUCUGCAGCUUUGAGAUUGAAAUCGAGAGGCAGAAGGAGAUGCUUCGAAAUAAUGAGUCCAAAAUUCUCCAUCUGCAGCGCGUGAUCGACAGCCAGGCCGAGAAGCUGAAAGAGCUGGACAAGGAGAUCCGCCCCUUCAGGCAGAGCUGGGAGGAGGCAGACAGCAUGAAGAGCAGCGUGGAGUCCCUUCAGAACCGAGUGACCGAGCUGGAGAGCGUGGACAAGAGCGCAGGGCAGGCGGCGAGGAACACGGGCCUGCUGGAGUCCCAGCUGAGCCGGCACGACCAGAUGCUGAGCGUCCACGACAUCCGCCUGGCCGACAUGGACCUGCGCUUCCAGGUGCUCGAGACGGCCAGCUACAACGGCGUGCUCAUCUGGAAGAUUCGGGACUACAAGCGGCGGAAGCAGGAAGCCGUCAUGGGCAAGACCCUGUCCCUGUACAGCCAGCCCUUCUACACCGGCUACUUCGGGUACAAGAUGUGCGCCAGGGUCUACCUCAACGGGGACGGGAUGGGCAAGGGCACGCACCUGUCGCUGUUCUUCGUCAUCAUGCGCGGCGAGUACGACGCCCUGCUGCCCUGGCCCUUCAAGCAGAAAGUGACGCUCAUGCUCAUGGACCAGGGCUCCUCGCGGCGGCACCUGGGGGACGCCUUCAAGCCAGACCCCAACAGCAGCAGCUUCAAGAAGCCCACGGGGGAGAUGAACAUCGCCUCCGGCUGCCCCGUCUUCGUGGCCCAAACUGUGCUCGAAAACGGGACGUACAUCAAAGAUGACACCAUUUUCAUCAAGGUCAUAGUGGAUACUUCGGAUCUGCCCGACCCCUGACUGGUGCCCGGGGAGGUCGGUUGAGCAGAAGGCGACUCCUCCGGGGGGUUUGAACGGGCGUCUCCACCCAGGUCCGCGCGGAAAGGGCCUCGUGGGGCGAAGGAAGCAGCAGAGGUGCGGGGGCGCAGGAGGAGCCCGCGGAGGGGCGGCCGCCGCACGUUCCCACAGACUCCAACACCUCGGAAGACUGACCUCCUGGCCGGAGCCACCGGCCGCCAGAGGCUUCCAUCUCCAUUGUUCAAGCUCUAGUUACUCAAGGUCGGAAACAUUUAUGCUAACAAAAGAACCGUGAUUGUUCUUCCGUAAACUUGGUCACCAAAAAGAACACGUGCGCAAACCCACACACACCCACACACACACAUGCACAUACGCCCCGGGGUAGCUGGACAUGUCAGCAUGUUACAUACAAGAAGAAGUUAUGAAAUAAUAAUGCAAUUCUGGUAUAUUCAUUCUAAACUUCAAGAGUGCAAUCUUGUUUCAAAUAUAGUAUAUUGUCUAUUUUUAAGGCCUCAUCUGGUCUCUGUUUUAAUGAUUUGUUUGUCAGAAGACCCUGAGGUAGGCCUCGGUCUUUCUGGAAAGUCUAAAUUCAGAAUCAUUUUUAAUUUCAAGUUCUACCGAUACCGUUACUGCAGACAUUGUACUUGAAGCCGUGGUAGACGAUGUCCGGGAGGAAGCUGCACGCUGGCCGCGGGCUGGGAGCGCCGCUGAGCGCGCCGUUAUUUCUCGUUGGAAAUGUACCUUGCACUGAGAUGGGUUGUAGUCAGUAGCUGCUCGGAGCUACGGGACAGGAGGUUCGCUCUGGAUGCUGUGCAUCGUUCUCAGUUCUAUGAUUGUUUCACCCUAAAAUAGGGCAUUCGAACUUUGGGGUUCUCAACAAAACGCUGUCGGUCUUUCAUUCUGCCCCGCGGGGCCCCGGGCCGCCCUCGCGUGGGGCCGGGCGGGCGCGGAGCGGCUGCGUGGAGCCGUGGCAAGCUGUCCAUGUGCCUUAGACGGGCGUGCUGCUCCGCCCGCGGCGCGCUGGGAAGUGCUCGCCUGGCCCGACGUGUGUGACCGCCAGCUCUGUCUCCACGAGGGCCCUGCUCUGGGGAGCGGGGUCUCCCCCACCCCCAUUCUGAAGCUUCCUUGUCACACAGUCCCCGAGGCAGGUGUGGUGGAAGCGACACCCCCACAGCCCCAAGUUGAGCCCUCUGAGCCUCGCAGAGGCCACUGUGCCGAGGGCCACCCAGCGCCCCGGUCCACUGGCCCCUGCCCCUCCAUGGUCCAACUGUGAUUCGAAGCCGGAGCCCGGCCGCCAGGGCCCCUCUGCUAUGCACCGUGCUUCAGGGUGCUGUUCCCAUGGGUGCUACGUGACGGGUGCUUCCCAGGCCAAACCACGCGUGCCACCGUGCACCUGUGCCAGUCCCCAAGGACGUGCCCGCAAUUGGCCGGCAGGGCUGCGCCUCAGACUGCCCGCCCGCCUCUGAGCUCCGGGGCUGAGCGGCGGGGACGGCGCGCCGGUGCCCAGUGGCCUGCGUGUCCUGGUGCUGCCCUGGGUGUGCCUUCGCCCCAGUGCCUGCUGGAAACGCCCGCUGUCCUGGCUUCCCCGUGGGCCCCGGCCCCCCGUGACCCCGUCCUUCGCUCACGUGCUCUCCGCUCCCGGGGCUGCAGCCAGCACGCGUGCCCGCGCUGCCCACCGGGAGCCACAGCGUGGGGCUCCUGAGGAACCUCGGCUGGUACCCCGGCAGGGUUCCCCGCGCAGGGCAGGCACCGGCAGGCCAGGCUUUGGGGGCCCAUGGGACCAGGCUUCAGUGGCGGCUCUGGGGAGGGGCUGGUGCCUUUGGUCCCGCCCAGCCCCGUGCUGCAGACCGGAGGGCACCCCCUGUGCUAGUGCGGGGCUGGGAACCCCUGGUACCCUCUAUUGGUGCUUGCCCACCCCCUGGCCCCCCAAGACAGCUCCCCCGAGCAGAGGAAACGCCCCGGUGGGCUCUGCCAGGCACCCCAAGGAGAAGAGGCUGGGCGGGGUCCCGUGGUGGCUCUUUGGGACGGUCAGAACCAGCCUUCAGAUCUGGGCCCAGAACAGACAGCGGGGGCCGCCCCAGCCCCCCCAGCCCCGUGCACAUGCUUGCUGCACCCGCACCGCCCUACCCCGCAGCCCUCAGGGCGCCGGGGCUAGAGACCUGCCCGCAAGCCCAGCCGGGUACCCCUGAGCCCCUGUGGCUGCCCCAGAGCACGCGUGACCCAGGCGCCCCCUGGGCCGCGGGCGCAGCCGCCCGGGGGCUCCAGGCUCAGGCUGCCAGCCCAAGGGGGUGGGAGAGCAGCCGCCCGCCUGCCCGGGCUCCCGGCCUGGCCCUCCCUGUCACUUGCCUCUGGCCAGCCUGGUCCGAGAGCCCGGGCGCCGGGGAGCUGGACAGCAGCCCCCAGAGCCGCCCCCGGAGCCUGCAGAGGGAAGCGGGCGCCCCAUUUGCAUCUGGGCCGCAUGCCACAAGGAAGGGUCUGGCACCCACACCGAUCUCAGCCCAGGGCCCGGCGCCGGCUUCUGUCUGCAGGUUCCGAGGGUUCUGAUGUCUCCGAACUGGAGCACGUCCGCGGUGAGGCAGGCCAGGUCGCUGGGAGCAGGCGCGGGCCGCGCAGCCUAGUGGCCAGCGCUCAGCAGCUUUCCCCUCGGCCCCUUCCACAUCGGCGAGCCACAAUCAUCUCCCACGUCAGCGAGAGGAAGCGUGUGGGCCCCGUGGACCAGGUGUCACAUUUCUAGAACUGCGUCUUCUCUUCUUCAGUUCUGUCACCCAAACACCAAGACCAAAGAAGGCCCGUCUGACGUGACUGUGGAGUCUGCCGGGCCAGCCGCCGGACUGGCCAGUGACCGCCCCUCUGCUCCCCAGAACCCUGACCUGACGCCCCCUCGGCGGGGCGCGCUGCGGAGUCACCACCACGCGGGCUUCCUCAUAGCAUUACGAUGUCGUGUACUUCUGUUCACUGUGGUUUCAUUUGGUAUUUAUUUGUGUUCUGAGGUCUUGCAAUGUCUGUUUCUGAUGCUAAUAACUGAAGUUUGUAAGAGUAGAAUAUUCCAGCUCGGCGCUCAACUGUGUAGGAAAAUAAACCUGCCAAGGGUC